AUGGAGCAGAUCCUCGAUGAUGACCUUGUCUACAUUUCAGCAGGUUCAGAAUUCAUCGUUGGGAACUACGGCAGCACUGGAGGAGCUGUUGGUGGGUAUAUUUUGAAAGAAGUUAUAGGCAGCGGCGGAUUUGGCAAAGUCUACAAAGGCAUUCAUCCCGAGACUGGAGAGUUAGUUGCAGUCAAGUUCAUUAACAAGCAGUCAUUUAAGGAAAUUGAUGAUGCGGAUAGAGCACUGCGAGACCUGUCACACAAGCAUGUCAUCAAGAUGUUGGACGUCGUAGCACAUCCUAAAUUCGUGUGCUUUGUGAUGGAGUUUGCGAGCCAAGGCGACCUCCGGGGCCUCCUACACUCAGAGGGCCGUCUAUCGGAAGACCGUGCGAAGCACUUCAUAUUGACAGUCCCGUGA